AUGAGAACAUUGGAUUUUGGACGAGUGAUGGCUAAACUCAAGCGCCGGUGGCGUGUAUUAACUAUCGUGCUCGCUCCACUUAUAUUGCUUCCACUUCCUCUUAUUUCCAGAACUAUUGAAGCAAGAUGCGCUUAUAUUGUGGUGCUUCUUACCGUUUAUUAUGUUUCCGAAGCAAUACCCUAUGCAGUAACGUCAUUGUUACCACUUGCAUUCUUCCCUAUGGCUGGUAUUGUACCAGGUGAAACAAUCUGCUUGAACUAUUUCAAAGAUAUCACAACGUUAUUUGUUGGCAGUAUGAUCUUAGCUUGUACAAUGGAACAUGUGCAACUUCAUCGACGAUUAGCCUUAUUUGUUCUGAGCAUUGUUGGCUCAUCGACGAAAUGGAGUAUGGCAGGCUUGAUGUGUGUUACAGCUUUUCUCAGUAUGUGGAUUAGUAAUUCGGCUGCUACUAGUAUUAUGAUACCAGCAGCAGUUGCUAUUAUUGAUGAAGUUGAAAAUUAUCACAAAAAUAUACAACAGCAACAGCAAACACCAGAAGUCAAACGACCACCCGGAGAUACGACAGCAGAAGAUGAAAUAGGCAAUGAAUCUUCUUCAUUUCAACUAUUACUAGAUUAA